AUGCCCUCGUCAAUCACCCUCACGGUCAGCCACUUGCCGACAUCGACAUCGUUCUUCCUCUCCGCUCUCCAACCACUCGACUACGUGUACCGUGGGCGGCAAGACCAAACUAUCGGCUUUGGUCCAGCAUCUCCGGCCACGGCACCGCCCGAUUUCUGGAUCACGCAAGAAAUCCCCGGCGUGCCGGCGGGAGCGGCCCACGUCGCCUUCCCGGCGUCGUCUCGCGCGCAGGUUGAGGCCUUUUUCGUCGCCGCCCUCAAGGCCGGCGGGAAGAUCCAUGGCGAGCCGUGUCAGCGCGACGGGGCGGGCUACUUUUCCGCCGCGGUGAUUGAUUUUGACGGCAAUUCCAUCGAGGCCGUGUACCGGCCUGUCGUUGUGGCCGACAAGGAGAACAAGAGCAAUGACGAUGCAACGAGUGUUGUAUCGCAACGGCAAGGUGGUAGUAGUCGAGCUCCUGCUGCUACCGCCGCCACCGUCGUGUCCCAAGCCAAAAGCAAAGCGGCGUCGACGGCCAGGAGUGUGGUCUCUAUUGCCAAAGCGCCGUCCACUAUUGUCUCGCACGCGAAAAGCAGGGGAGCCCCAUCCACGAUUGUUUCGCAAGCAGCGCGGAGCACAGCGCCGCCGCCGUCUCAAGUGCGAAGCGUGACUGCUCCGUCUCAGGUCGGCAGUGUCGCAUCGCACGCACAACCGCCACCACAACCGCCUCAAGCCGCGCCGCAGCCUAGCAAUCCAUCAGGCGACCUGCUGACCAACUUGAUCAGUGAAGCCCGCACGGCCGCCAGCGUCGCACGCAAUCUCGUCAACAGCGUCCGACCGAACCUCGACUCUAACCCCACCUCGGGCUCUGCAGCAGCACCUGCAGCAGACCAGUCCGGCGCAAGCGGCGCGGGCGAUGCCAUCGUCGGAACACUGCUCGGCGUGGCUGCCGGAGCGGCACUCCAUUAUGCGUUCAGCAAUCGUUCGAAAGACAGCCAGGUGCAAGGUGGCGGUGGCGGUGGCGACGGUGGUGUUGUCACCGCUUUGCGUCCAUCCAUUGUCGGCCGCAACAUCACCGAUCCAACUCCUUUGCCCUUGCGCACCGAGUACGCAUACGGAUACGAGUAUAGCCACUCGGCUGUCGGGUCGGGCGUGUAUCCUUACCGGGCGAUCGAAGCCGGACCUGCCAUGUCGGGGUAUGGGUAUGCGAACCCAAGUCACUAUGCUGGUAGUGUUGGUGAUGAGAACGACGACGAGGAGUUCCGCAGCCCCCGUCUGAUCACCAUGCACGACAACGACAGCCGGUCUCAGUCGUCGGCCACCAUCCGGCCGGCGGCGGCGGCGGCGUCGCAGGUGUCACGACAAUCGAAACAGAGUGGUGUGAGCACAAGCACAAGCGUGAGCGGGAAGAUGAAGACGCUCAACGCCCCGCCUACCAGUUACCGCGCCCCGACGGUCCUGACCGCCGCAGACACACACACCCAAGCGGCGUCUGCGGUGUCAGCGGCGGCCAAGUCGAGGCAUUCGUCCCGGUCACGCAGUCUGUCUCGGUUCAUGGGCUUGAAUUUGAACGGGGAAUCCGACGCCAACGCCGGCGACAAAGCGUCCAAGGCCUCCUCUCGAUCACGGGCGCGCUCACAUUCGCGGGUGACGGCGUCGUCGAGACGAAGUAGGCGGGACAAGUUCGACGACAACAACGACAACGACAACAACGACGCCAAAGAAGAAGAAGACGGCGACGAAGUCAAGACAGUCGUCAAUCUGGCCGACCAUGAAUCAGCAGGCGGUCGUGGUCGCACGACCAGUCAUGUGAGUAGGAGCCAGACGCAUGUUUCCAGCCACAGCCACGUCAAGAGCUAUCACACUGCCGUCCAUGCCGGGUCGCACCACUCGUCUAGAAGGACUGCUUCGCGCGCCAGCUCACACAGAGGCAAAGACGGAGAUGGAAUUGCAGAAGGAGGCGGACACGCACACAGAGAGCCGCACGAGUAUCCCCUCCCGCCGUCUCGCGCCGCCACGUGGGCCGGCUCUGAUGUCGGUGGCCAUGGCGUAGGGAGCCUCGUGUCGUCGGGCCGCGUGGUCCCGGGCAAACAUGUCUCGGCGCCACGCACCAUCAUUGGGAAAUUGAAUCCUUUGCGGAAUGUUGGUGGUGGUGGGAGUAUCAGUGGUCUUAGGGGCGGCGGCGGCGGUGGUCAUGGUCAUGGUCAUUCGGCUGACACCAUGUCCGUGGUCUCCAAACAGAAGGACCUGGCGGAUCUCGAUGUGUCGGAUCGUGAAGUCAGGCCUGAAGACAGUAUCAGUCAGAUCUCGGUCGAGAGUCGCAGGAGUAAGAGGAGCAGUAAGGCGAGUUGGCACUCACGGCGAUGA